AGAAAGCAGGAGCUUCCGGAGGAUUUAUGAGGCCGCUCCUUCCCGCCCGUCCCGCCGCGUGUUGUGGAGACGCGGGGCGUCCCCCAGUGGCUGCCAGCCGCGUUGUUCCGGGUGCUGGAGGCGGUGGCGGAAGGGGCGGUGUUGAGCCGGGACCUCGCCACUAUGGCGGGGCGGGUGCGGGAGGAGCUGUUGGCCUUGGCGGCGAUCUUCUCCGGGCCAGACGAGUGGGAGGUGCUGAGCCGCUCAGAGACAGAUGGGACUGUUUUCAGAAUUCUCAUGAAAGCCGAAGGACUUAUGGAUGCAGAUAUACCCUUAGAACUGGUGUUCCAUUUACCGGUCAAUUACCCCUCCUGUCUACCUGGUAUCUCGGUUAAUUCUGAAUACCUGACCAGGGCCCAGUGUGUGGCUGUGAAGGAGAAGUUACUUCAGCAAGCGGAGAACCUUUUGUCAGAACCGAUGGUUCAUGAGCUGGUUCUCUGGGUUCAGCAGAAUCUCAAGCACAUCUUCAACCAGCCAGAAAUAGGAAGUGGCAGUGGAAAGUGUACUUUUGCAGCAAGCACGACUGUGGAUGAUGGAUUGUGGAUAACUCUUUUGCAUUUAGAUCACAUGAGAGCAAAGACUAAAUAUGUCAAAACUGUGGAGAAGUGGGCAUCCAAUUUAAGGCUGACGGGAAGACUGAUGUUCAUGGGUAAAAUAAUACUGAUUUUACUACAAGGAGACAGAAACAGCAUCAAGGAGUACCUGAUUCUUCAGAAAACCUCCAAAGUAGAUGUGGACUCAAGUGGAAAGAAAUGCAAAGAGAAAAUGAUUAGUGUACUGUUUGAAACAAAAGUACAGACAGAACACAAAAGGUUUCUGGCAUUUGAAGUUAAAGAGUAUUCAUCGUUGGAUGAGUUACAAAAGGAAUUUGAAACUGCAGGACUUAAGAAGCUUUUCUCCGAAUUUGUACUUGGACUGGUAAAAUGAAGACAGGAAUAAAAUAGAAGACAGGAAUUUUUUAGUAAAACAGUAGUGGUUUAUUUUUGGUGGUUUGUUCGCAUUGGAUUAGGGAGUGACUAAUUGAAAUAACUCACAAAGGGAAUGAUUUUAAAGUUUCUCUGAAGCAAAAUGGUAGAUACCUAACUUCAGGAACAAAAGCCAAUUCCUUUGUGGAAUAUCAAACAGUAAAAACACCCAUGUGUUCUAAUUUUUAGCAAUAAAGGCUAGGUUUAGUAGAUGGAACAUUCUUUGAAAGAUAAAUAUAAAAAGAUGAUGGUAAAUGAGCCCUUGUGUUAUAUAGAGUAUUUGUUUGGAACUCUGCAGUUUUCUGGCUGAUUUCUUGUAAUGAAAUGAUUUUUAAAAGAGGUUUGUUUUCAUGUUUACUUUUUUCAUGUUUAUAUUUUUAGCAUUUGAUCCAUGAUCUCCCUCCAUUUAUCUUAUUAUGUCUAAUGCUUUAAGUUGAAUGUUAACAAAAGUAUAACACUGAUUUCUUUGUAGAAUUGCAUAAAUUGUUAGAUUAAAUAUAAACCAAAGAAGUUCUGUAGAACUUAAUUUACAAUUACUUCCUUUGGGGUCCAGAGUAGCAUGGUUCUUGCUAAUUAUAGGACUAGAGAGUCGAUUUAAAUUAAAAUUCUGUUUUGAAAAUUUUACUUUCUGGUUUUACAAGGGAUGAAAAUGUUUCACACAAAAUGAAUUUGGCUUGCUAAAUGGAGGAAACUAUAUAGAGGUACUACUUUUUAUUUCUUAGGAAAUCUGUUAAAGUAUGAUAACCUUAAAAUAUGUUUGUUAUGACCUAAGGAGAGAAGAAGCCAUAAAAUAAAAGCUCAUUUUAAAAUCUGUAACAAAAGCGUAAGCAGGCAUUGAGGUCUGAGAAAGGAUAUUUGUGUGCAUGAGGCUACCAGGGCUUCUAAAAUAAGGGGCCAGGUGAUGGAAGAGAGGCCAUGCAAGUUUUUCACUGCAAUCUGGGAAGCACAGUGACGUCAUUAUAAAAGUAAAACUGAUGGGACAGAUAAAUGAGGAAACAUUGUGACACGCUGAGCAGUGUUUCUUGACAGUACUGCUCUGUGACCAUGGCAGUUCAAUCUGAUUGUCUCAUUUUCAGGCACCCUUGUGAUAAAAGUAUACCUACCUGAUGAUCAUUUUAUGAGAUUCUGUUAAUGAGAGGGGAUUUUCAGUUUAUUUAAUCUCAUUCCAGAGUGUUUAUGAUUUUUUGCCUCGAAAACUGGUAAGUGUAGUUAGAUUGUUCUAUGGGAAACGUAUAUGGCAAGUUGAAGCUCCACUACUGGCACGCAACACUGAGAAAAUAGGCUUGAAAAUUAUGGGCUGGUCAAAUAUAUGGUAAUGGAAGGAGAACUGACUCUGGGUGGUGAACAUAUAAUGUGAGAUAUACAUGAUAUAUUACAGAAUUGUACACCUGAAAUCUAUGUAACUUUACUAACA